AUGGCAGGCGUUGCUAGAUACAGUCUAUGUUCGAUAUUCCGACCGAUAUAUACGCACACUUCGAGACCAGCUUCACGAUGUCUCUCCAUCUCUUCAGUUCGAGACUCUAAACCAAGUCGCUUUGCGCCGUCGCCGUCACCUCCUCGACUCGAUCCAGAAGAACAGGAGGUAUUCGAAAACCUCCAGCAGCAGUCAACAGGGGCUUUCAGCACACCGCGCUCGCCGCCCCAGAUAAACCAGUCUCCUCAGUCCCAGCCUGAAGAUGUGCUCCAGAGCCCUGGGGAUGGAGAUAUACAUCCAGACUUACGCCGGGGUGCAAAGCCUGAAUUCGAGGGAGAGAAGAAUCCAAAGACCGGUGAGAUUGGAGGGCCAAAGAAUGAGCCGCUGAGAUGGGGUGGAGACGGUGAUUGGAGCUAUAAUGGGAGGGUUACGGACUUUUGA